AUGCCCAAAGGAGGCAGAAGAGGUCCGAGACAAGUGGAGCGAGAGCUUUUGGUGACCAAUGGGCGUCCCUUGCCGCCAGAUCCCAAGGAUCAGGAGCCCGAGGACCCUGAUGCGCGCCCCUGCCGUUGCGAGGUGUGCUUGCAGGUGCCUCAAGGAACCAGAGAAUGUGUCCAGCCUGAGAGUGUGAUCCUUUUCUUGGGGGUCUACCCCAGAGGAUUGGGCUUCAUUGCGCUGGCAGAACUGCAGCGUGAGAAUUGCAGCGUGCUGGCCCACACAGAGGAACACUGCGCCAUCCUCUUCCACUAUGCGGAGGAGACCGUUCUGGAGCUGGGUUCGUUCCUGCUGCUGUGCGAAGUUCCUGGUGGUUCAGGGUUCGGUCCCCUGACAACCCUGCCGCCGCAGCCCUCUCUUCAAGACCUCUCAUCUGUGGCUGAGAUGCAGGCGCAGCCUGGCUCAGUGCCGAUACGCAUAACGUGA